UGACCACAGGAGGGGUGGGAGACCUGGGGAAGCAGAGAGGGUCCCAGUGGCAUCAGAGGGGCUGUGGAGGGGGCUGUGGUGAGCAGAUGGCCCAAAGACGCUGACCGGAGACCCUCUUCCCCAGAAGGACCAAGGAUGUCCUGGUCUCACUGACCAAAGGAAGUCCCAGCCAGACCCCCCUCCUCCACCGAGCCACCGAGCAGAGCUCCAGGUUCCUGAAAGCUGCAGAGCCACGGCUCACCUUGGCACUCCUGGCAUUGGGCUGGCACAGACCCUGGACUGUGCCCUCUGCCCUGCGUCUGGAAGGGCCGCUGUUUGGCCCUCAGGCCCCUCCCAGCACUCAGGGCCACCUGGCCUGGAAGAGGAAGAAGCGGCUGGACGCCGGUGGGUGGAGUGCCGCACGCAGAGGAGCCCUUUGGCCAAGCGAUCUGAGCAAACAAGCUCGCUCUCUCGCGCUCUCUCUCGCUCUCUGUCCCGGCAGCUACACCAUGUGCACUGGGAAGUGCUCCCGCCUGGUGGGCCUCACCCUGGUGGCCGCGGCCCUGGCCUGCAUCGCAGCCAACCUGCUGCUGCUCUUCCCCAAUGCUCAGAGCGAUUGGACACCGGACCACAUCACUAUGCAGGCCUGGCUCAUGGGGGGCGUCAUCGGUGGGGGGUUGAUGGUCCUCUGCACCGGCUGCUCCUCCGUGCGGGCCGGCGGGAAGGGAUGCUGUGGCUACGGAUGCUGCGGGAAUCGCUGCCGGAUGCUGCGCUCCGUCUUCUGCUCCAUCUUCGGGGGGCUGGGCGCCUUCUACUGCCUGGUGGUCUCCUCCACCGCCCUGGCUGAUGGGCCCCUGUGCGAGACGGCACUCCAGAAAUGGGAAUCCCCCUUCAAGGAUCUCAAUGACAGCUAUCUUCAAAACAAGACAAUGUGGGACGUGUGCGUGAACCCCCCCUCCAUCGUCCUCUGGCACAUCGUGCUCUUCUCCAUCCUGCUCGGGCUGAGCCUGCUGGAGACGGUGCUGUGCGGUAUCCAGGUGGUCAACGGCCUCCUGGGCACCGUCUGUGGCGACUGCCGCAAAGAUGAUGACCGAGCCGGGGAAGGCCUGUGAGACCCACCGACUGACCCACCGACAGGAACUCUUGCACCAACAUCCACUCCUCCACCCACUCGCCCCCUCCCCAAGUCUCUCGGCCAGCAGGGGUGCAAUCUUGAAGCUUUAUUGGAAGACCCCCAAAUAAAAGCCUCUCUGCUGUA